GGUACCGAUAGCUACGAGAUCGACUUCACAGCGCAAAUGCAUUACAAGAUGCUGACGGAAGUAAAAGACGUCGGCCCUUACGGUUUUUGCGAGAUAAGCCAAUCGAGACCUUGGAUACGAGGGAGCUAUAAAGCUGCCACCAUUUCCAUCUACUUUUCCUUUCAUCAGUCAAUAUCAGUUUCAACCUCUCACUUGAUACAAUCCAUUUCUCCAUACGAUGUCUCAUCAAUAUGUCGCCCAGCAACCGUCCGGCUUCAAGAACAACAUCGAAAAGGUGGCGGUUGUCGGAGCUACGGGAUCUGUUGGCAAAUACAUCACGGAGGAGCUUCUGAAGACCGGCAAACACAUUGUCACUGCACUCACACGCACUGACAGCGAGUCUACCAUGCCGAAAGGCGUACAAGUCGCCAGAGUCGACUACAGCUCAGAAGAUAGCAUUGUCGACUCCCUGAAAGGCCAGGAGUUUCUCAUCAUUACAAUGUCCACCCGAGCACCCCGGGAUACACAAAGCAAGCUGAUCAAUGCUGCGGCGAAAGCCGGCGUCAAGUGGGUGAUGCCAAAUGAGUAUAGCCCGGACUAUGUGGGUGAGGAAGCCAUGGGUCGAGACGUGAUGAACUUUGGUCAGGUACAAUUGGGCGCCCGCCAAUUGAUUGAGAGCCACGGGAUGAGCUGGACGGCGCUGUGCUGCAGUCACUGGUACGAAUUCUCCCUAGCCGGCUCACAGACACGCUACGGCUUCGAUUUCCAGAGCAAGACUGUAACGUACUAUGAUGGUGGGGAUGUCAAGAUCAAUCACUCCACUUGGCCGCAAUGUGGUCGUGCGGUGGCUAAGCUCCUCUCGCUCAAGCUCCUGCCAGAGGACGAAAGCGACAAAGCACCGACCCUGAGUCAGUUCCGCAACAAGCCAUUGUACAUCUCCUCAUUCUUGCUCAGCCAGAACGACAUGCUCGCCGCGGUGCUAAAAGCGACUGGCGACAAGGAAAGCGACUGGACCAUCCAGUCGAAGCCAGUUACCGAGCGCUACCAGGAUGGAAUCAAUGCUAUGCAGAAGGGCGAUAUGCUCGGUUUCGCUACGGCAAUGUACGCCCGAGUGUUCUAUCCCGAAGGCAGCCCGGGAGAUUACGAGAGUAAGGGCAAGCUCGCAAACGACAUCCUAGGCUUGCCGAAGGAGGACCUGAACGAAGCGACGAAGAAUGCGGUGCGUAUGGCGGAAACAGGUGAAGGACUUUACCACUGAAGAAGCCGUGCAGCGCGACAUCAAAGUCGCGAGAGAAGUGCUAGGGUAUAGCUGUUGUACUCGUCAACUGGAUCGCUGCAUAAUGCUUUGUAAUGUUAUCAAUUGCAGUACUUGCCGCCCCAAUGCCAUCCCCACGCCAUACAUGCAGUGUAUAUGUCGGGUACGCGACCCUGUGCCGCAAGGUCUUCACAAGUGUGCAAGUCAGCUUUUGGCAAAGAUCCGUUGGCUCCAAUGCAAACCCAACGCCCAGUGAAACAACCUUGCAUCGACAAUCUUGCCCUGCUCCUUCGACAGCGCUUGAAGCGUGUCAUACAGUUCACUGAUCGGAACAACCCUCCUCUCAAUAAACUCGCCAUCGUCCAGCUG